GGGCGCACACGUUUUACUUUACUGUUGCGCCUGUUUACUUUAGCGCCCGUCCGUGCACUUUCUUUUUGCAGUGCUUUAGAACUGUUCCGAGGUGGGCUGUGACAGCUAGCCCGUUAAUGGAUUUUUGGCUAAUUAGCUAGCUAGGUACUUUGAAUUGCGGUGCUGCUUGGUGCCUAGCUAGCUUCACACUUGACUUUCCUGGUGUUGAUGCGCUUGUCCUGUGGAUGUCUUUAACACAACGUUAUUCUUUUGUCUGGCAGCAGUUUUCCCAUUUAGCUAAUAAUUCGGGCAUGCGCUUUUUCCUGGUACAAUUUUGUAUGCGUUCAUUUUGAUAGUAUAUCAUUUUUUUGUGACAGUGAAUCACAAAAACCCUGCGCUGUCCUUCAUCCAAAUGGUAUUUUUCUACUUAUUUGGUGGUAUUGCUUGCUACAUUGAUAAAUAAUAUUUGACAGCAACGAUCAUUUUUGGUCCAGCAGACUGUAAAUGCACUGCCGGAAUUAACUUGCGCAUGGAUAUCACUGUGCAAUAAAACCUUGGAUUGCGAGUAACUUGGUUUGCGAGUGUUUUGCAAGACGAGCAAAAAUUUUAAAGAAUUUUUAACUUAAACGAGCGAGGUCUUGCAAUACGAGUACGUAUACGCUUCAUGUGCCGAGCGUCACGUGAUCUGAGCCGAUAGUUCUCUCUCAACAAUUUAAUUUGUGUCCAAGUAUAGUGACUUUUCUUUAGUAACUGUACUGGAACAAUGGCCCCCAUCAAGAAAAAGGUUGAAAAGGAAGGCGGUAAGAAGAAGGAGAUGAUUACGGUGGAAGUUAAGAAGGAAAUCAUCGAGAAGCACGAACGACGUAUGCGAGUGGCCGACAUUGCAAGAUUUUAUAACAAAUCUACGUCGACGAUUUGCACAAUAUUAAAGAAGAAAGAAGAAAUAAGGGGGCUAGAUGCAGCAAAAGGAGUCACGAGAGUAUCAAAGCAACGGCCACAUGUUCUGGAAGAUGUAGAAAAGUUGCUUCUUGUGUGGAUAAAUGAGAAGCAACUAGCAGGUGAUACUGUAACGGAGACCUUCAUCUGCGAGAAGGCAAAGACCUUGUACACCGACCUCGUAAGUAAACUGCCAGGUACAUCGACAGAAAACGAAGGCUUCAAGGCGAGCAGGGGAUGGUUUGAUAACUUUAAGAAGAGAAGUGGCAUCCAUAGUGUUGUGAGGCACCGAGAGGCUGCGAUUUCGGACGCUAAGGCAGCUGAGGCGUUUGCUGUUGAGUUCCAGAAGCUCAUGGUUUCUGAGUGUUACCUGCCGCAGCAAGUUUUUAACUGCGAUGAGAUGGGGCUUUUUUGGAAAAAGAUGCCAAAGAGGACCUACAUUACAGCAGAAGAGAAUGCGAUGCCCGGUCACAAGCCCAUGAAAGACCGUCUCACCCUCUUGCUGUGUGCUAAUGCAAGCGGGGAUUUCAAAGUCAAGCCCCUGCUCGUGUAUCAUUCCGAGAAUCCACGAGCCUUCAAGAAAUGCAGGGUGCAGAAGAACCAGUUAAACGUUAUGUGGAGGUCCAACCGCAAGGCUUGGGUCACUCGUAUCUUGUUCAUUGAGUGGAUCAAUGAGGUCUUUGGUCCUGCAGUGAAGAAAUACCUUUUAGAAAAGAAUCUGCCACUCAAAGUCUUGCUAGUUAUGGAUAAUGCUCCUGCUCAUUCUCCAGGCCUUGAGGAUGACUUACUGGAGGAAUUCGAGUUCAUUAAGGUCAAGUUCCUUCCUCCCAACACCACUCCACUACUCCAGCCCAUGGAUCAGCAGGUCAUUUCGAACUUUAAAAAGCUUUACACCAAAGCUCUAUUUCAGCAAUGCUUCGAGGUGACUGAAGGAACAAACCUUACCCUCCGAGAGUUUUGGAAAAAUCAUUUCCACAUAGUGAACUGCCUCAAGAUCAUCGAUAAAGCCUGGGAUGGGGUCACCAAGAGAACCCUCAAUUCUGCUUGGAGAAAACUGUGGUCUGAUUGUGUUCUUGGACAUGGCUUUGAGGGGUUUGCUCAUGAACAGGAGCCACCAGUUGUCAAUGAGAUUGUGUCUUUGGGGAAGACCUUGGGGCUGGAGGUGAAUGAGGAAGAUAUUCAAGAGCUGGUGGAGGAGCAUGGCCAGGAGCUGACCACCGACGAACUGAUGGAUCUGCGUCGCGAGCAACAGCAAGAGGUUAUGGAGGAGAUCUCGUCUGAGGAGCAGCCACGACAGAUUGACAGAUUUUCAAAGGGCCUCCUGAAAGACAAGGUACCAUCUGAAGACAAGGUAGCAGAGCCAGAUCCGAAUGUUGUAACACCGACACUACAGACGAAUGCAGGUGAGCUGUAUGGUACAGCAGUGGUUCCCGCGGAGACGAAGCCCAUGGGUGGCUUGUUGUCGUCACAGAAGGAGGCGGAGAAAGAAGGAGUGAAGGAGGAUGAGGAAGGGGGCAAAUCUGGAGCCUCCGCCACAGCAUCGGGUAAAGGUCUGACAGGCCAUGCAGCCAAGACUCUUCCUCCCUCCUCUUCGUCACCCUCGCUGUCCUCGUCACCCGGCAGAGCAAAGAUGAGCCUCUCUGGUCCGGCCAGUAAAUCUGUCGCAACCCCGUUCCCGUCGUCGUCCCCUGGCUCCUUGGUCACGUGUGUGGCCCCCCAGCCCAAAAUCCACCGGGCGCGUAAAACAAUGAACAGACCGCCCCCGACGCAGGGGAGGUGUUUGGAGUCGCCCUUCGCGCCGGCUAAGCCAGUGGACCCUAACUCCAGUGCCGCCCCGGAGGCUGAUGCAGCAGUGAAGAAACGCAAAGUGGGCCCCAAUUCGGACUCCCAGGCGCUGCCCACCAAGCGGACAGAAAACGGUGCUGAGGCAGCAGUAGAGGUGGUGGACACUCCCCCUGCACCGGCAAAGGCCGGGCCGGUGACAGAGCAGCAAGCUGAUUGGCUGGUGCCCUGGGAUGGGGAUGGCAUUAUGUACAACUACCAAGACACCGAGGGGGGGGACUCUGACAGCAAGUCUGGGGAUGGAACAAUCGAGGCCCGUUUGAGCGAAGGUGAUGUGGAGUCUGGAAACUUGUCUGAUCGUAGCUCGGGGUCCGAGAGGCAAACAGGGAAGUGGAAAGAAGGUGGCAAGUCUCCGUGGACCAGGCCAGGGCGAAGGAAAAGGAAAGAGAGACUGAGGGAGGAAGAGACUGAGAUGGAGAUGGAGGAAGUAGUGUCCAUAGCAGCCUCUGCUCCAGCUGCAGCGCCACCUGCUGGAAUCUCCAGUGAAUACACGGAGGUUCCCCUGGGCUCCCUCGACAUCUCCGCUGCCGACAGCCUGACUCUCUCUCCCCACCAAGCAGAGGACAGCGAGGCCGGGGACACGGAGCGCCUGGAAGAGCUGCCCUUGUGCAGCUGCAGGAUGGAGGCUCCCCGUGUGGAUGGCCUGAGUGGCCGGGGGGGGCGGCUCUGCAUGGCCACGGAGAGCAUAAACGGGGAGCUGGUGGGCUGUACCAACACCAUCGUGAAGGGGGAGACGAUGCGGCCCUCCAGCAGGGUCUCCCUCAUGGUGCUGUGCGAGAAUCACCGAUCCCACAUGGUGCAGCACCACUGCUGCCCGGGCUGCGGCUACUUCUGCAUCACGGGCACCUUCUUGGAAUGCUGUCCCGACCUACGCAUCACUCACCGCUUCCACCGCGGCUGCGUGUCUGUCCUGGGGGGGGGCAGAGAUCGGGGCUUCGGCCUGGGCGCCAUGCUCUUCUGCCCCCACUGCGGCGAGGACGCCUCCGAGGCCCGCGAGGUCACCAUACCCCCCCCCUCCCCGGCGAGCGCGUCCUCGGCAGCCGUCGUCACGGCGUCCGCCUCCACCACCACGCCCUCCCUGCCCCUCCCGCUCCCGUCGUCUCUGCCCCUCGGCGUGACGGCCGGGGUGUUCGGCAGUGGGCGGAGACCCGAGGCCCCGAGCAGUGCACGGAUGCGUGGCCGAGGGGAAGUGAGGCGGGGCCCCGAGCAGCAGCAGUCAGGUGCGGGGGGGAGUGUAGACGUAGCCCUGCCGGGGGACAGCGGAGUGGACAGCGUGGGGCCCUCUCUCUGUUUGCCGAAUGGAAAGCCCAUAUGCCCCAGCGCACUUUCUGUAGGUGCCAGCAGGGCGGCGCUGCAGAAGGCUAUACUGAACCAGGACACAGAGAGGAGGAAGAAGCUGAGGUUUCACCCUCGUCAGCUCUACCCAGCGACCAAACAGGGUGAAGUACAAAGAGUGCUGCUCAUGCUCAUGGAGGGUAUCGACCCAGCCUAUCAGUCGGACUCUCAGAACCGCCGCUGCGCCCUGCACGCCGCCGCCCAGAGGGGCUUCCUGGAGAUCUGCUACCUGCUUAUACAGGCAGGUGCCAAAGUGGACACCCCGGACAAAUCGCUGAGGACGCCCCUGCUGGAAGCCAUCAUUAACAACCACGUGGAGGUGGUGCGUUACCUGAUCCAGAGCGGGGCCUGCGUCUAUCACACGGAGGACGAUGGCUCUACUGGGCUGCACCACGCAGCCAAACUGGGCAACCUGGACAUUGUAAAUCUCCUCCUAGGAACAGGACAAGUUGACAUCAACGCACAGGUGGGGGCGAGGGGCAGAGGGUCGCGCUUGGGCUCUUGGCAGGGCGACCCCGGCCAACAAGACAGUGGAGGUUGGACCCCCAUCAUCUGGGCCGCGGAGCACCGACACAUCGCCGUCAUCCGGGCGCUGCUGAAUCGGGGCGCGGACGUCACCCUCAAUGACAAAGAGAUGAACGUGUGUCUGCACUGGGCUUCCUUUGCUGGCAGUGUGGAGAUCGCCGAGCUGUUGCUGAAUGCUGGCUGCCCCCUAUCCUCCGUCAACGUACACGGGGACACCCCGCUGCACAUAGCAUCCCGCGAGGGCUACCUGGACUGCGUCACGCUGUUCCUCUCACGGGGGGCGGAAAUCGACAUUAAAAAUCGGGAGGGGGACACCCCCCUCUCUUUGGCACGAUGUGAUUCGCCAGUCUGGGUGUCGCUCCAGAUCAACAGGAAGCUGCGGAAGGGGAUAGCCAAUCGCAUUUUGCGCACAGAAAAGAUCAUAUGCAGCGACGUUGCCCAGGGAUACGAGAACGUGCCCAUACCCUGCGUGAAUGGGGUGGAUGAGGAAGGAUGUCCCUCUGACUACAAGUACAUCUCUGAGAACUGCGAGACCUCUGCCAUGAACAUAGACCGCAAUAUCACACACUUACAGCAUUGCAGUUGCACAGAUGACUGCUCCUCCAGUAACUGCCUGUGUGGACAGCUCAGUAUCCGCUGCUGGUACGACAAGGACCGACGGCUUCUCCAAGAGUUCAAUAAGAUCGAACCUCCGCUCAUCUUUGAGUGCAACCUGGCCUGCUCCUGCUAUCGCACGUGCAAGAACAGGGUGGUCCAAGCAGGCAUCAAGGUGCGUCUUCAGCUGUACCGCACCGAGAAGAUGGGCUGGGGUGUGAGAGCCCUACAGGACAUCCCUCAGGGAAGCUUCAUCUGCGAAUAUGUAGGAGAAUUGAUUUCUGAUGCGGAGGCUGAUGUAAGAGAAGAUGACUCUUAUCUUUUUGACCUGGACAACAAGGACGGGGAGGUGUAUUGCAUCGAUGCGCGCUAUUAUGGCAACAUCAGCCGCUUCAUUAACCACCUGUGUGAUCCCAACAUAAUCCCGGUGCGCGUAUUCAUGCUGCACCAAGACCUGCGGUUUCCGCGCAUUGCCUUCUUCAGCUCCCGUGACAUUCUGACGGGACAGGAGUUGGGGUUUGACUACGGAGAUCGUUUCUGGGACAUCAAGAGCAAGUACUUCACCUGCCAGUGCGGCUCAGAGAAAUGUAAACAUUCAGCUGAGGCCAUCGCCCUGGAGCAGAGCAGGCUGGCGCGCCUGGAGGCCUGCCCCGAAGUCGGCCCUGACCCGGGUCUUGCUCUCCUGAGCAGUUCCUAGGCAUCCCCUGGACUCUGUCACUGAAAGCUCCAACACGAGCCCCCUGUUUUUAACUUGUAGGUCUGCUGCGUUAAUUGUCAGAACACAGUUCUGACAUUUUUAUCUGCAACCGAGACCUUUCCUUUUUAAUCUUAGCAGAUGAGAACUGAGAGCACAAGAUAGUACAGGUGGCCAGGUCAUAGACUCCUGUAGUGUAAAUAGAUGCGAGCAGGACACACUGCGCUCAGCAUCGCUUAGGUUAAGUCUGCUUUCACUGAACUCCAUCACCAUUUUUUCAUGGAUGAAUUGUGGUCAUGCAGUACACUGAACGUUGUGGGACUAGCGUUGUACUGAGCUCAGCUGCAGGACCGCGAGGUGAUGGCGUUCUGCAUGUUGGCGCGAUUCGUUUUUGCCUGUCUGCAUCCAUAACACGUGGUUCAUAGAGUUAUUCACAGAUGCAUUUUUUAAGCGUAAUUUUUUUUUUUACUUUCCCUUCAUGAAUUAAAUAUUGUACUUCAGAC